AUGAUAGGCGGUUCUACGUCCCCACUGCUCAAGGCGUGGUCCCGAGAGGAGGACGCGGUGCUGCUGCGCCACGCGCUGCAGUGCGGCACGAAGCAGUGGGGCGAGCUGGAGAGGGGCGGUCAGCUCAACCGAAGCAACAAGUCGUGUUGUAACCGUUACAUUUUCCUCAGAAGAAGGUUCCUUCACCGCUUUCAGCAGCACCUCUGGAGGGAGCGUUUUUCAUCCGGUGGUGAUUUUCCGAGGCAUAGUUCAAGGCAGAGUCAGGCUCUGCAGCAGGAGCAGCAGCAGCAGCAGCAGCAGCAGCAGCAGCAGCAGCAGCAGCAGCAGCAGCAGCAGCAGCAGCAGCAGCAGCAGCAGCAGCAGCAGCAGCAGCAGCAGCAGCAGCAGCAGCAGCAGCAGCAGCAGCAGCAGCAGCAGCAGCAGCAGCAGCAGCAGCAGCAGCAGCAGCAGCAGCAGCAAGGGUGGUAUGGUUGCUCACCGAUCGCUGCGACCCUCUCCUCUGACUCUCUCCCUGCUGUCGUUGCUUCUGCCCGUGCUGCUCUUCUUACCCCUGCUGCUGUGUUUGAGGCUGCUCCGCUCCCAACUGCGGCUUCUGCAUGUGAUGCUACCACUGUAUCCGCUUCUGCUGCUGCCUUUAAUGCUGUUUUUCUCCCCGCUGCUUCUUCUGCGUUCGGUGCUGCUACACUCACUGCCUCUACUGCGUUUGAAUCUGUUGCUCUCCCCACUGCUGCUGCUGCUGCGGCUGCUGGGUUCGAUCAUGCUGCUCCUCCCCCCACUGCUACUUCCGACGGUGCGUGUAAACCUGCUGCUCUCUCCACUGCUGCUGUGGCCAGUGCUGCUGUCUCCGAUGCCACGGCUGCUUUCUGCAAGCUCAUGAGGGAAACGUCGCUCUGCCCUGGCCCUGCUGAGGUGGUGAGGGAAGAGACGCUGUGCACCGACCCUGCAGCACCAAGCCUGCGGAGCAAGCGACCAAGGGAGGGAUUCACUGGCCCUGUCGCAGCUCUACCAGUGCCAGGUUUCACAUUGCGUCCACAGUCACUGGACAAUGGCUGUGCACAGCAGGGUAAGAGGAGCCGAGUGCAAUCAGCACUGUGGCCGCGGGUUGGGUCGGAGAGUGCCCUUCCUGAUGGCAUGCUGCUGGGAUUCAGCAGGGGGGAGGAUGGGUACAGGACCGGAGAGCCAGGGUACAGCACCGGAGAGCCGGGGUACAUCACCGGAGAGCCAGGGUACAGCGCACCGCAUGCCACUGUAGAGCCAAUAUCGCAACGCUACGCACUGCCAGCGCCUCUGCCCUCGCAAGUCACUGCUCUGGGAGGUUCCCUCCCAGGGGCAGUGAGCAGAUGCAUGUGCGGGAUGGUCCCUGACGAGAAGCACCGCAACAUACAGACGCCGGUUCUGCCCGCAGCCUCAUGUCACAGGGCUGCCUGCUGCUCCCUUGCUCCCCACACACCCGUGUCUCCCCCCUGUCUGCCUGGGCCUGCCGUCCCCCUGCCAGUGCCUCACCUGUCAUGCACCAUGGCCCCGUGUGCUCCUCCCCCCCAUGUGCCCGUAGGGAGAGGGCUGCAGGGACGAGAGCUGGCAGCCUCGCUGUCCGAGCCAGCGCUGCUGGAGUGGCGUCGGGAGCAAGACAGGACCGGGGAGGGAGGCGAUCAACUGCAGAGAGGUUUUUGUGCGCAGCUGAAUGUUCGUCGCAGCCUGCAGCUUGCGCUGGCUCCCCCUCUCUCGUCGCACCAGCGCACAUCACAGCAACUGCCGGAGAAUCUCCCGCUGCCUUUACACCCCGCCCCUGCCCCGCUAGUUGCUGCAAGGCAGAUUCUUCUGAAUCCAAGCGCACGGGAUUCGCGCUUGCAACCCCGCUCGCCUCCUGCCCAACCACCCUUACUGCUAGGCACUACGCCACAGGCGGUGGAAACGAUGCUGCAUUCCUCCGAAGCCAUAGGCGGUUCUGCGUCCCCAUCGCUUAACGCGUGGUCCCGAGAGGAGGACGCGGUGCUGCUGCGUCACGCGCUGCAGUGCGGCACGAAGCAGUGGGGCGAGCUGGAGAGGAGCGGUGAGCUCAAGAGGAGCAACAAGUCGUGCUGUAACCGUUACAUCUUCCUCCGAAGAAAGUUCCUUCACCGCUUUCAGCACCAGUUUUGGAGUGAAUGCUUCCCACGUGGCGCCGCACCCCCGAGUCACAUUUCAGUGCGGAGCCUGGCACUACAGCAGCAACAGCAGCAGGGUGGUGUGGGGUCACAUCGAUUGUGGACAGCUGUUUUGAAUUUUGGAGGGCUGUCGCUUGACGAGUGCAAGCGCGUGUUCCUCUCACCCAAUGACAGCCACUCACCUGCCGAGCCUGUGACGACCCUUGGUGCUGUUGCUGCUAGCCCUCCUGCUUCCCUGCCCUCUGCUGCUGCUGCUGCUGCUGCGAAUGAUUAUGCUACUCUCCCUAGAGCUGCUUCUGGGUUUGAUGUUGCUUCAAUCCCCUUUGUUGCUGCUCUGUACGAUGCCGCUACUCUCCCCGUUGCUGCUACUCUCAACACUGUUGCUGCUACGUCAGAUGCCAACACCCUGCCCACUGCCACUGCUGAUGUUGCAUGUGAACCUGCUCUUGCUGCCGUGGAUGUUGCGUGUAAUCUUGCUGCUCUCUCAACUGCUGCCGUGGCCAGUGCUGCUGUCUCUGAUGCCACGGCUGCUUUCUGCAAGCUCAUGAGGGAAACGUCGCUCUGCACCAACCCUGCUGAGGUGGUGCGGGAAGAGCCGCUGUGCACCGACCCUGCUGAGGUGGUGCGGGAAGAGCCGCUGUGCACCGACCCUGCUGAGGUGGUGAGGGAAGAGACGCUGUGCACGCUCUGCACCAACCCUGCUGAGGUGGUGAGGGGAGCACGCUGCCGUGGCCGUGCCAAUGUGAUGAGGGGAGUGUUGUGCUGCUCCGACCCUGCAGCACCCAGCCUGCCAAACAAGCGACCAAGGGACGGCUUCACUGGCCCUGUUGCAGCUCCACCAGUGCCAGGCAGCACAAUUCAGCGGCCACAGUCGCUGGAGAGUGGCUGUGCACGGCAGGGGAAGAGGAGCCGCGUGCAUCCAGCACUGUGGCCUCGUGUUGGGUCGGAGAGUGCCCUUCCAGACGACGUGCUGCUGGGGGGGGCUGCAGGGACGAGGGCUGGCAGCCUCCCUGUCCGAGCCAGCGCUGCUGGAGUGGUGUCUAAAUUCGAACCCCCGGGACUCUCCCUUGCCGCCUGCCCCACCAAACGUACUGCAGCACUCUACGGUGCGUCGGUGCCGCAGGCACAUGUCAGAGCCUCGGCAGGUGUCAUGAACCGCACAAUUGCUCCUCUCGGCGACUUGACUGAUUUCUCCAGAGCCAACGUGGGUGCUUUGGCCACCACAGCUGAUGAUCAUUUGGAUUCGCGUUUUUAA